AUGCCAGAAGAAGAUCUCAGUUUGUCUUAUGAACUCAUGACCACUGACCAGGACGACUUUUUCAACAGCAUGACUGCCGAAGAGCUUCAGUUUUUGGGAUACGGGACGGGACCGUAUCAGCCGUCUCAAUAUGAUGACGGCUCGAUGAUGGUAGAUUCUUACCCACCAGAUGAUGGAGCUGCUUCUGUCCCUUACAACGAGGAGCUGGAUCCUGAUUCUGCUUUGGCGCAACAGUUUGGGGAAGUAUUCUACCAGAGCUUCCAGCAGCCGCCGCCGCAGUAA